GUACUUGCAGUUGAAAGAGCACCUCUCGCCCAAUAGAUAUCGUCCCAUGCGCCACGUCACAGCAGAAUCACACGCGCUUCAAACAGUCAUGCUUGAUUGCUGGCUCGUAGGCCAAGGGUCUUCGCCACCGCGUAUCGCGCCAAAUGUGAUCUGGUUGAACACCAGGUCGAGUGGUUGCGCCGUGUCAUUUUUCUGAACGUAUCGAGUCCAAUCCAUCGCAGACAGCUCUGGUCGCGUCAAUUCAGGGACCCGCUUCUCGGCAGCCUGGAGGCUGGCAAUUCUCAAGACGGAGGCGAAACCGGAAUGCCGCCAUGUCGGAGUCCCCCAUCCUCUGGGUCCUUGAGCGUGAGAACGAGCACGGCGCCGACGCGUCGCGACACGACCACGACCAGCUCCUGUCGCUCUUGCCCGCGUCGUGCCGCACAGAGUCCGGUGACUUGGCUGCUGCUGGUCGUCAAGUCACGCCCUGCGUCGAGAAGGAGCUCGACCUGCAGCGGCUGGUCAGCAUUCACAGCUGGCUCUGGGUCACGGGACGGGUUAUGCCGCCGCGUCCUCUGCACCACCAGCUCGUUCUCGGUCGGGAGAUCGUCAUCAUGGAGCGUAUGGAUAUACAUCUCGUCUCGACAACAGGCCGGGUGUUUCUCAAGCCCAUCCCGCGCUUCCUGCUUGAGCCUCAGCUCUGGACGCAAUAUCUCUCUUGCGGAAGGGGCUGCGGCUGCUCCAGCAAAAAGGACGACGCCCAAGGAUGCACCCAGGAGCGCGGGCGAGGCAUUCGGCAACAUGUGUUCGGCUUCCUGUUCUCCUACGCCGCGCUGAUAUCCCAUGAGAGCGACUUCCGCAUCGCUAAGGAGAAUCGCUUGCUCCCGCCGGAAAUAUCGUGACCUGGGUGGAGGAUCUUCGUUGAGCUGGCCACCAGUGUUGACUGCUUUAGAGCCUGCUUCGCCUCCAUGGAACUCGUGUGGGACAAAGACCCCCACCAGGUUGCAAACCAAAGACGUGCAUGUCCGUGUUAUUGGUUAGAACUGAGUGUCAGAUGUGCAACCCCUUGAAGUCCAUCAACUGGUGUAGACAUAGCGGGAGGAUACGCUGUUGGUGGUAUUUCAGUCA